AUGGGUGUCCCACUCCCAAACCACGUUGGCAUGUUACUAUAUGGGCAUUUUGUCGAUUCGCCACGUCACGUCUUUUUGAUCGGAGUGAGAGUGACGCCUACUACUGGAGUUGGUAGGGCAUUGAAGUCUAAAAAGCUUACUCCGAAGUUUAUUGGACCAUAUCAAAUUCUUCGACGUGUGGGUCCAGUGGCGUAUCAAAUUGCUUUACCACCGAAUUUAGCUAAUUUACAUGAUGUGUUCCAUGUAUCACAAUUGAGGAAGUACAUUGCAGAUCCAUCCCAUAUUAUUGCGCCAGAUGAUAUUCAAUUGAAGGAGAAUUUUACCUUCGAGGUCCCACCGAUAAGCAUCGCUGACAGAACUACCAAACAUUUGAGGGGAAAGGAAAUUCCGUUGGUUAAGGUGAUUUGGAACCAGACAACUGGGGAUGCUACUUGGGAGUUGGAAGAGAAGAUAAGAGAGCUUUACCCAUACCUUUUAGAGACCUCUUAG